AUGGCAUCAACGUACGCUGGAAAGGGAGUUCCGCUGGAUAUAGAUGGAUUCUUCCGGAGUGCCGCGGACGCCGUGGGAGCGACUCCAGACCAACUCAAGCUUAUAUUUUGUCUCUUGAUUGAUUACCCUCUGGCCAACGUCUUUAUACGUCUGCCUAAAGGAAAUGCACUGCUCAAGCAUGUGUUUAACCUCUCCAUUUCGGGAUACUACAUGUUUGGGUUCUUCAAACUCUACUCUGGAGGACUCCAGCUGCUCGCAAGUGCGCUGGCUACGUUCUUUAUCGCCAAGUUUGACAGGUCGAAAAACAUGCCUUGGAUUGUCUUUGGAGUUGUAAUGGGACACUUGUUCAUCAACCAUAUCUAUCGAACAUUGAACAAGGUCAACUGGGGAGACUUUGAUAUUACGGGUCCCCAGAUGGUCCUCACACUCAAGCUUACCUCAUAUGCAUGGAGUAUAUGGGACGGACGACGACCAGCAGAGGAGCUCGAUAAAGGUCAAAUGGCGGCCAGAAUCACCAAGGAACCAUCUCUACUCGAGUUCUUGGGAUAUGCGUUCUACUUCCCGGCAGUUCUCGUCGGGCAUAGCUCAGACCUCAAUACAUAUCUUGCCUUGACGAGGGGAACCAUUUUCGAUGAAUGCAAAGAGGACGAUGCCAAGCGACAUGUACCGCGCGGCCGUAAGCGAGUAGCGUAUAAACGCGGUCUUCUUGGACUCGUGUUUCUCGGGCUCUACACUCUCCUUUCUCCCAUGUUCAACUUUUAUCGUGUCUUGCAAGAUGACUGGUUCAACCAUAAUUUGAUUACGAGACUUCUCAUCGUCCAAUUCAUCGGCUUUGUUGAGCGCACAAAAUACUACGGAGUCUGGAAACUAUCCGAGGGAGCUUGUAUCGUGACUGGUCUUGGAUUCAGUGGCUACGACUCAGAAGGUCGCAGCACAUGGGACGACAUUGCCAAUCUCAACAUUCCCUGGGUCGAAUUUGCUCCCAACCUCAAGAUCCUGCUCGACUCGUGGAACAUUCGCACAAAUAUCUGGCUGCGGGAGUGUGUCUACAAGCGUAUCACGCCCAAAGGUCGCAAGCCGGGAUUCCAAAGUACCAUCCUCACCUUCCUCACAAGUGCCGUCUGGCAUGGAACGUAUAGCGGAUACUACCUCACCUUCCUCAUUGCCGGAUUCGUCCAAACCGCCGCCCGCCUCGCACGCGUGUACCUUCGCCCGCUCUUCCUUUCGCCACUGGAAAUGCUCCCACCUAAGCUCCCCGAUGCACUCGCAAAGCACGGUAUCACGCUCCCUGCUCCGCCUCGAACGCUAUUCAAGAUGAUCUAUGACGUCCUUGGGACGAUCACGACGCUUUUAAUCCUCAAUUUUAUGGUGGCGCCUUUCUUGCUGUGGCACUGGAAACCAUCGCUCGAAGCGUGGAGCCGGAUGAACUGGUAUGGUCUGUGGAUGGUCGGACUAGCGUUUGCCUUUUUCUACGGCGGAGGUGGUGCGUUGUGCAAGAAAUUGAACGAGGAAAGGAUCAAGCGUGCGCCCAAGGACGUGGCAUGGGAGAUUGUUGGCGAGACUUAUAUUCACCCGACGUUGCGCACAGACGAGAUGCAGGGGACUGGUUUACAAAAUGUUCCUCCUGUCGAUCAAGUCGCGCGCGAGAUGGAAGAGUUGAUCGACAAACUUGUUGAGAAUAUCAAGGCAGAGGCAAAGGCGAAAAAGACAAAGUAG